AAACACUCCGUCUGUUGAAUGUUGAUCCCUUCAACAUUUCCCCUAUUUUAACAUUUAUUAUUAUUAUUAACCAAUCGAAUCAACUGCACCUCUUGACCGCUUCUACUCCACCGCCUGCUGCUCCGCUAGUCUUCUUCAACCUUGUGAUGCUUCAGCCCCCCCGCCCCUGGUAUUGAUCGCUCAGCACAAAGCAUCGUACUUGGAUAGGAGAAAACAAUUCUAGACAGUCGUCAGAGAGAGAGAGAGAGAAACCAAAUUAGAGAACUGAGAGAUCGGGGACAAAGGGGGAGAGGAGAUGUCUCGGGGCGGUAGCCACGGGGAGCUGGGCCAGAGGAUCGAUUACGUCUUCAAGGUGGUGCUCAUCGGUGACUCCGCUGUGGGCAAGUCGCAGCUGCUCGCGCGCUUCGCCCGCAACCAGUUCAACCUCGACUCCAAGGCCACCAUCGGAGUCGAGUUCCAGACCCGCACCCUCAACAUCGACGCCCGCAACGUCAAGGCACAGAUCUGGGACACCGCAGGCCAGGAAAGGUACCGAGCAGUAACAAGUGCCUACUACAGGGGUGCAGUUGGAGCUAUGUUAGUAUAUGACAUAACCAAGCGCCAGUCCUUUGAUCAUGUGGCUAGGUGGCUUGAGGAACUACGUGGCCAUGCUGAUAAGAACAUUGUUAUCAUGCUUAUGGGUAACAAAUCUGAUCUGGGCACACUUCGUGCCGUCCCAAUUGAGGAUGCGAAGGAGUUUGCUGAGCGCGAGAACCUCUUCUUCAUGGAGACCUCUGCACUUGAGGCUAUCAACGUUGAAAACGCUUUCAUGACUGUACUGACUGAGAUUUACCGGACCGUCAGCAAGAAAAACCUUGUUGCCAAUGAGGAGCCUGAUUCUAGCGGAAACUCGAGUUUACUGAAAGGAACAAAGAUUGUUGUCCCUGGUCAAGAGCCACCCUCUACAUUGAAAGCAACAUGUUGUAUGUCCUCUUAAGCAUGAUAUUGUACCAUAAUACCAUGUUCUUUCUGGUCGUCGGGGUUUCUGAUUACCCCUGA